UCCCUCGCAGCAGCCCGGGGAGACUUCGGAGGCGGCGGCGGCGGCGGGAGCUGACCCUUUGCGCCCGCGAGCUCGGUGCUUUUGCCCCGUGAGGCGGCCAUGGGGCAGCCGCCGGUCUCGCUGUUGCUGCUGGGCUGCAGCGCCGUGCUGGUGUGUCCCCUGCUCUGCCUUCCCUCGUCGGGAAAUGAAUCUUUCGCUCAGAUUGGACCAAAAACCUUUCCCUAUUCAACAGAAGAAGAAUAUGAAAAAAUCCCAUUGGGAGACGAUGACAUUGAAAACGAUUCAGAAUUUGGAUCGGGUUCUAUCAAUGAAAGUAUUUCCCCUCGAGAAACACGAAUGCUGCCACCUAAACCGAUCUCUGGAGAUGUCAAGGAGUACCUGACUAGUGGAUGGCUGACCAUUUUUGUUCCAUCAGUUUAUACCCUAGUUGUUGUGCUGAGUCUUCCUCUGAACAUCAUGGCAAUUCUUGUGUUCCUGAUAAAAAUGAAGGUGAAAAAGCCAGCUGCAGUGUACAUGCUCAGUCUGGCUUCUGCUGAUGUUCUCUUUGUGAGUGUUCUUCCUUUUAAGAUUGUCUACCAUUUUUCUGGGAACAAUUGGGCAUUUGGACCUGAAAUGUGUCGUUUUGUCACUGCUACCUUCUACUGCAACAUGUACUGUUCUAUCCUGCUGAUGAUGGUGAUAAGCAUGGACCGUUUCUUAGCAGUGGUGUACCCAAUGCAGUCCCUGUCAUGGCGCACACGAAGACGUGCCUUUGUGGUCUGUCUUGCCAUCUGGCUUGUAGCAAUAGCUGGAGUGAUACCUCUGCUAAUCAAUGAGCAAACCCAAAGAAUCCCUCAGUUAAACAUUACAACGUGUCAUGAUGUGUUGAACAAAGAUGAUCUUAAAGGCUAUUACCUUAUUUUUUUCACCAUUUUCUCUUCUCUUUUCUUUUUUGUGCCAUUAAUUGUUUCUGCUGUUUGCUAUGUGUGUAUCAUCCGGAGUCUUAGCUCUUCAAAUGUCGCUGCGAAGCAGAGCAAGAAAACACGGGCGUUAUUAUUGUCUGUAGCUGUUUUCUCCAUUUUUAUUAUGUGCUUUGGUCCAACCAAUGUCCUUUUGUUAAUUCACUACAUCAGUUUUUCUUACAAAAACUACUUGGGGAAUAUCUACUUUGCCUAUCUCAUCUGUGUCUGUACUAGCAGUAUAAGUUGCUGCAUUGAUCCUUUGAUCUAUUAUUACACCUCUUCUGAAUGCCAGCGACACCUUAUCAAUCUUUUUUGCUGUAAAAAGACCUCUGAAUCUUGCAGUACCAGUACCAGUGGCCAGUUAAUGACUAGGACCAGUAGAAGGGGUACUUGCACCAGUACACUUGGUAACAGUGUCUACAGGAAGCUAUUAACAUAGGAUUGCAAUCAGCUAAGUUUUGUUCAAAGUAGACUUACUGAAAUUAAUGGACCCAAAUAGUUAGUACGUCCACGAAUUUCAGUGAGUCUGUUCUUACUAUGAGAAACAUUUGCUACAACUCGUAUUGUUUUGUGAACAAAAGUACAUUUUGUGCACUUAUUAUUUAUAUAGCUAUAUUUUGUUGUUGUUUAGUCGUUUAGUCGUGUCCGACUCUUCGUGACCCCAUGGACCAGAGCACGCCAGGCACCU